UUAGUUUCUUUCUUUCUGGAUCGCCUCUGUUACUGUUAAUAUUAUUUCGGAUUCUCACUCUCACUGUCGCAACCCUCAGUCCCUCACCGCACCACCGCGCAACACUCUUUCUCCGUUCGCUCCUUUUGUUGUCGCACAUCUCACGGUCCCAUUGCUUUGUGCUUCCUCUCUCCAUCUAUCUGUUAGUCGCGGACCGCCUUGUCAAGAGAGAGCUCUACGAUUGAAAAUCCAGGAGAAGCUUCUUCUGGUUUUCAUUUCUAAAGUUUCCUGUAAAAAAGAUGGCUCAGAGAGGUGUUUGGCAACUUAAAAAACUGAUAGUUAAUUAUUGUGACUGGGGAGGCAGUAGCAGGGGCAUCAGGGCGUUUAUGGAGUCCCAACUACCAGCGUUUAAAGAAAAGAAUCCUCAGUUGGAGGUAGUUACUGAGCUCAUUCGUGGUCAGCAUCCACAUUUGAAGGGGUUCUACAAGAACAAAAGAGAACGGGUGGUAUGUGUGAGAAAUAUGGAUUCAGAUGAGGUUCACCAAUGUGCAACAAAACUAAGAAAUUCAUUGGGAAGAAAGGUGGUGAAACUGAAGACUAGGCAUAUAACCAAGCACCCUAGUGUACAAGGUACAUGGACUACAGAGGUGAGAUUUUGAGGUGAAGCAUCAAAGUGAAAGAGCUUAUUUUGGAUUUGUUGUAUCAAUAAUGUUGAACCUGUGCAGAUGUUUGAGGUAUUGAGUUUUGCUGUGCAAUUAGACACAAUCAAGACACUCACUGCAUGCUAUUAAUCUGCAAUGUUUUUCAUUUGCAAAAUAUGUGUUACUGAUAUCAGAAAUAUAUUUGCACGCAAAUGACACUAAUAGUGAUGUAUAGUUAAUGUAAGGUAAAACCUCAACUUCAAUCGUAGUACAUAUGCGGCUUUGGGGGAUGACGAUCA